AUGAAGAGCGUGAAGAUGCAGGGAUCUUCGAGGAUAGUAAGGGUGGCGAUGAUAGCAGCGAUCUCGAUCAUGAUCAUGCCUGACGGAGCUACUGCAAGCUCAAUCAUGGCGAAGGAGAUUUCGGUAUCGGGGACAGGCGUGAAAGAACAGAUCAAGUUUUCCCCUUCGUUUGCCGUCCUGAAAGUGUCUUUGGACGAGGACAGCUCCAUCAAAGCUGAGGCUGGAGCGAUGAUGAGCAUGAAGAACGUCCGAGCCCAGACUGGACUUGCUGGGCCACGGAACUACCUGACGGGGCAGGUUGGAUGUCUGCCAUCCGUGGGCAGGGCCCUCUUUGGAGAGCAAUCCUUGUUCGUCAACACCUUUACCGGAGAGGGCGAGAACUCGUGGGUUUACCUCGCACCGAGGGUCCCGGGAGACAUUUUCGUACAUACCAUCGCUCCUGACAGAGAGCUCUUCAUCCAGAAGGGCUCGUUUCUAGGUUGCUGGAUGAACGUCGAGACAGACGCGAAGUUCAAGGGGCUCAAGGGGAUUCUGAGCGGAGAGGGCAUGUUCUUUCUCAGAGCUUACACGACUGACAAUCGCAGUGGCAAGGUUUACCUAAGUAGCUUCGGAGCCAUCGAGCGAUAUGACGUGCAAGUCGGCGAGGAGAUUACUGUUGACACGGGGCACAUAGUCGCGUUUGAAGACUGUUUGACCUACUCCAUCGGGCGGUUGUCUGGUGGUC